UCACACCCCUUGUUUUAUAUGAUGCCCAUAAUCUGACGUGGAACAGUACAGUUGGCCUUGUCUAGAGAGCAAAAACAUUUGACUCAACUCAAUGGACGUUUGCCUGCGCUGUCUUAGAAAAACCGGGUGUUGAUGUGAUGAUUGGAUCUCGUUUUCAGCUUUACAAAUUUGUUUAACGGUUUACUAGCCAUCAGGGUGUUUCACUGACUGAUACUGCAUUCAACACGUUGCCCCCUAUAGGUUUGUUAUGUUCCGAAGAGUUGGGUACGUAUAGACAAACUUGUUCUGGCACGUCUAUACCCUAAUCUUAUGUAAGUGUACGAGCUAUGCUUUGGUUGCCUCCAUCUGAUUUAGGACACUUAACGAAGAGAUCGUCGCUUUGGCAAGUCGUGAUUGCAGUUUGCUCUCCGAUCGAAGACUUUUGAACCAGUUGUUAAUCCGAAGAUAUUUUCAAAUUUUUAUAGCUCCAUUCCGAAUUUUUAUUCAAUUCCAUCGUUUGAUUUUGAAUCGCUUUUUAAAAUGCAAUUAAAAGCGUCCCUCAUUUGCAUCGUUUUCACGCUGGGACUCUGCACGAUCGGGAGCAGUCUCCAACACGAUGAUCUACUCAUUGCCGUUGGCGAUCAACUUGUAUUUCUAACCAAUGGAAGUUUGUACCGCACGCUGACGUUAGAUUCUUUCAAUGCAUCAAAGUUGUCAGCCCUCACGUACGAUGCCACAACGCGGAAGUUAUUCUUCUCCGAUCGACGACAUCGACACGGUCACAUUUUCAGUAUCAAACUUGAUAGUGAAGUACGUCAUACUGUGGAAGAUAUCGUCGAAAAAAACAGCAAUGAAACUGUGGAGAGUUUAGCAUACGAUCCUGUAGAUAAAAUGUUGUUAUGGACCGAUGGAUUUAAUCGAUCCGUCCGUCGAGUUCAAGUCGAUCACGACAACGUCCACGUCGAAGAGGACGCAACUGUUGAGAUUGUACACUUUUUGGACAACGAAGAUAAACCACGUGGAUUGGUGGCCGAUCCCUGCACCAGAAAUUUAUAUUGGACAAACCGAUACAUGUCCCACCCGACUAUCGAACGCUCGUUUCUCAAUGGAAGUCAUCGUGAAAUUCUCAUCAAGACUGAUUUGUUGUUGCCCAACGCACUCGACUUGGACGUGCAAGAGCAGAUGCUUUACUGGGCUGACAAUCAUCGCAAAGGCUACUUUCACAUUGAAAGAAGCUUCGUGAAUGGCACGGGAAGACAAGAAAUGUAUCGAGGAAUCGGCCAGUUUGUCGUCAGUCUAACGGUGGGCACUGAUCACGUGUACUGGAGCGAUUACGAUCACAAACACAUUUGGUCUUUACCCAAGGAUGGAUCCUCUAAGAAUCCCAUAAUCCUCCGCACAUUCCGCAACCCAGUAAUGGGUGUGACAAUCUUUCGUCAUCAACCUCUCGAUUGCAGCGUAGUUUCUCGAAUUUCUGAUCCAACUGAAAAUUCCGAACUGCCUGUCCAGAAAGAACAGAUAUCCCUAUACGAAGACGCUGAUUUAUGUUUAGGUUUUUGCUACAAUAACGGGGACUGUAUUCUCGUUAAUUCCGAUUUACGUUGCAGUUGUCCAGUGGGAUUCAGCGGAGAACGAUGCGAAUUAGACGAAAAGUUUGGCAAAAAGGAUUGUGAAACUUUCGCUCAAGAUAGCAAUCAAUUCGAGAUGAUAUUUCUGAUAUGCUUGAUCAUUUUCUGCGUGAUCUUGUUGGUCAUUGUGGUGAUGCUCAGUCUUCAAUUUAUGAAGAUGACGCGUGAGAAGCAACCCCGAGUGUUUAGAAGAAGAUAUCUGCAACGCCCUAAUAAGAAGGAAAACACUUUACCAGUCAAUGAUAUUGAGAAUUGCUGUAAUUCAUUCGCCAUGUGUGAAAGGCCCUGUGCCCAACAGCAAAACGUGAACGCUACGGCGAAGGAUAUUGGCUGGGAAAACGAAAGCGCCGAUUGUUCUGUCCUGCUCAAAUGUGAAUUUUGAUAUCGAUCGAGGAUUCGUUGCUAAUUCUUCAUUUAAUGUAAUGAACGCUUAUAGAGUUGUAUCAUUGUAAACUAUCAUAGGUAAUUUGCGUUGCCAAAUAGUGUCUCCUAUCGAACUGCUUUUUUCAUUGCUCGCAUUGAUUAAUGUUUCCAUUCUCGUCGUUUUCGCAAAUCGUACGUGGUUUUGUUUAUAAAAGACAAAUAGAGUCGUGCAAAUAA